AACUAUUAUCAGUCAGAGAAUCCUUGAAAAAGAAAUAGCCAGAACAGCUGGAAGUGUGUCUGUAUCAUUCAAAGCAUUAGCAGAAAACUUUUUUUUUUUCCUCAUAUAUUUCCUCAAUUCACGAAUCAUUAUAUAUUUUCUAAACAAUCUGACCACACUUAACGCAAAUACAAUUGGAGUUUCAAACACGUCAGUGAAUUAAAUAACCAUCAACAUGACGGAGGACAUGUUAGGAGCUGAUAUUUGCCGGGUGUGUAGAUCAGAAGGUCUCUCGGACCGACCACUCUUCCAUCCGUGCAUCUGCACUGGUAGUAUCAAGUGGAUCCAUCAGGAAUGUUUACUCCAGUGGAUGAGAUACUCUCGGAAAGAAUACUGCGAAUUGUGCGGUCACAGGUUUUCAUUCACGCCGAUUUACAGCCCAGAUAUGCCGCGUCGUCUGCCACUCCGCGAUGUCGUCGGUGGAUUAUUUUCAAGUGUUGUAACGGCUGUCAGCUAUUGGUUCCAUUACACUUUGGUAGCACUUGCGUGGCUGGGUUUGGUACCUUUGACAGCUUGUCGUACUUAUCGUGCAUUAUUCAGCGGGUCAUUGGACCUGGUCAGAAUAAUGUCCCUACCCAUGGAUAUGCUGUCGCUUGAUAAUAUAUCAUCAGAUGUAUUUCACGGUUGCUUUGUUGUGACUUGUACUCUGUUCGCGUUCAUCGGGUUGGUGUGGCUUCGAGAGCAAAUAUUGCAUGCAGGUGGACCGGAUUGGUUGGAAAGAAAUGUCCAACAACUACCAGCAGCGGGUGGAAAUAAUCAAGCCGCUGCAGUACAACCACAGCUACAAGAUCCACCUGGACAACCUGAUGUCGUACGUGGAGAUAAUAACAACGUGCCGCCAUUUGUUGACGAACCGCCACGUCCAGUUGAUGUUAAUGAUGACGAUCAGCCGAUGUACCGUGAAGUUGGUGAUAACAGUCCAGAGAAUGCAGUAGUGGGUGCUGAGGCGAAUCAGGAGCCACGUAAUGAGGGUAAUGAUAACGCUGAAGAAGCUCAAGGGGAAGGAGCUGCUGUUGGAUGGGAAGGACAGGUCCAAGAUCAGGCUCAAGCACCCGGUGAAGCUGAAGAAGCCAAUUGGAACCCUAUGGAAUGGGACAGACCUGCUGAAGAACUAACUUGGGAACGUCUUCUUGGCUUAGACGGCUCGCUAUUAUUUCUCGAGCACGUUUUCUGGGUGAUAUCAUUAAACACUGUGUUCAUUCUGGUGUUUGCAUUCUGUCCCUACACAUUUGGAUACUACACAAUAGCCGCUCUGGGACUAAAAGAACACGCAGCAGCUUCACACUUCGAGGGACUGGUGACGACACUUUGUGGUUACGGUGUAAUCGGAACUAUCUUGGUUAUUUUACAUACAGGAGCUGCGAUAUUCGGCUUGCAACGUUCCCAGCGUUUCCUCGGACUCGGCUACGUCGUCGUAAAAGUAUCACUGCUCUCAGUAGUGGAGAUCGGAGUGCUGCCGCUGGUUUGCGGCUGGUGGCUUGACAUUUGUUCGCUCGCAAUGUUUGAUGCGACACUCAAAGAUCGUGAAUCAUCAUUCAGACUAGCACCAGGUACCUGUAUGUUCAUACAUUGGCUCGUUGGGAUGGUUUACAUCUACUACUUUGCCUCAUUCAUUCUCUUACUUCGCGAAGUACUGAGACCCGGUGUCCUCUGGUUCUUGCGUAAUUUAAAUGACCCAGACUUUUCGCCAAUCCAAGAGAUGAUUCAUUUACCAAUUUUACAACACGCGCGCAGACUAAUAGUGUCAGCAGUAAUAUUUGGUACAGCAAUACUACUGAUGCUGUGGCUGCCAAUAAGACUCUUGAGAUGGGCAUGGCCUGGAUUUUUACCUUACACAGUCACUGUGCAAACUGAAUCCCAAGUAAGCGAGUUAUCACUCGAGCUACUGCUUCUCCAAGUUAUUCUACCAGCGCUGCUGGAGCAAUCGCACACGCGAACGUGGCUCAAGGCUUUAAUUCGCGGGUGGUGUCAAGCAGUCGCUUGGAUACUAGAUCUCCAGUCUUACUUGCUGCGCGAUCAACGAGAUGAUCAAGGACCUGCAGUUAUUGAAGAGCAGCAGCAUCCAGGAUUGGGUGCCGCUCAUCAGGCAGCACAUCAAGCCGCUCAAAUGCUGCACCGUGACAUUCCUACAGGCUAUCAGCCUUACGUACGGACGAAAUGGUUUCCACUGAGACUAGUUGGACUACUGAUAUGUGUCUGCAUUUCUCUGGUGAUCGCCAGUCUUGUUGCCAUGACUUUGCCCGUCUGGUUGGGUCGUAGAGUGAUGGCUCUGUGGAUGGUCGGCGCACCAGCACCUUCACCGCCGGUAUUGCCGCCAACUCUAUCAGUAAACAGUGUAGGCGAAGCCAUGGUCGUAUUCUCAGGACGAGUUCAUGAAAUUUAUACCGUCGCUUGUGGUACUUACGUCUGCUGGGCAGCAGCACGUGGUCUGGCUCUGGCACUGUCGUGGUUACCACGUGGACGACGUGCUAUUCUGGACAGAAUAAAACACUGGGCAAUUGUCAGCGUAAGAGCCUCGAUAGCUUUUGUUCUGCUGGUUGGUGUAAUUCCACUACUAUUUGGCCUUCUACUGGAACUAGUUGUCGUUGUGCCACUUCGUGUGCCCUUGGAACAAAACCCCAUCCUGUUUAUCUGGCAAGACUGGGCCCUAGGUGUCCUUUACACCAAAAUAGCAACAGCUGUUACGAUGAUGGGCCCCGAGUGGCGACUGCGUCUUGCUAUUGAGAAAGCUUACAAUGACGGUGUCAGAGAAAUGGAUCUUAAAUUCAUAAUAACAGAAUUAGCAGCACCUGUUAUCUGUGUAUUUGGUCUGGCAUUAGCAGUACCCUAUGCCUUUGCUUAUGGUAUUGUGCCAUUAUUUGUAACGAAUUUACAAACACAAAUAUUAAUAGCUAGGUGUCUUUAUUCUGUUUUACUUUGGAUAAUAUUUGUUUGUGUUUUGAUAGUAUUUCAUAUACGACAGUUUAAAAAACUUUAUGAGAGAAUUAAAAAUGAUAAAUAUUUAGUGGGGCAACGUUUGGUUAAUUACGAGCAUCGAAAUAAACAAACGCAGAGAGUUACUAAUUAAUUAAUUAAUUAAUAACUUUUAUUAUUUUAUUGAUUAAUUAAUUAAUUGAUUAAUAUUUAAGAUAAGAUACGUGCAAUGUGACGCGAUAUGGUUUAGGUUUAGCUUCGUGUACAUUCUUAUAUUAUCAUCCUUUAUUUACUAAUAUAUCAAUUAAUAAUAAUGAUAACAAUAAUGAUAAAUCAAAGAUAAUUUAUGCAUUUCCAGUUAAUAAAUAAUAAAAUUCAAGGCCAUUCUUAGACAGUUUCCCGCUUUUUUUAAAUUUUAAAUGACAGUUGUCAUAACGGUUUCAAACUUUUAUCAAUUAAUUUAAAAAAUUAAAGCAUUAAUUGGAGAAAGAACAAUUUCGCUGAGAUAGAUUUCAAAAAAAUUACUUAGUUGACACCAAUUAGAAGUUAAAGUUUCAGUAAAAUCUUCAUGUCAAUUUUAAAAUAUUGUAGACUUAAAUUUAUUCAACAAAUUUCGUUUAACUCUUAAUUGAUAACAAAAGUAAGUAAUUUUUUAAAAAUUCCAUAUCCGCGAAAUUGUCAUUUUUUACUUAAGGUUUUAAUUAAUUAAUAAAAUUUGAAUACGGUCGUGAAAUUUUAAAGUUACUGCAUAUUUUUGAAAACUAAAGGCCCUGUCUGAGAAUGCCCUUAAGGCCAUUCUCAAAUAGUGCCGCCCACUUUUUUAAAAUAUUCAAUGACUUUCAAUUGUAAUGACUAUUAAAAUUUUGAUAAUUAAUUACAAAAAAGUUUAAGCAUUAAUUGAAAAAAGGGCAACGCAGUUACAAUUUCGCCGAGACGGAUUUAAAAAAAAAAUUAUUUACAAUCGAUAUCAAUUAGGAGUUAAAGAAAAUUUUGAAAAUAAAUUUCAGUAAAAUCUUUAUGUCAAUAUUAUAAUUUGGAAUGUUAAAUUUUUAAGGCUAAAAUUUGUUAACUCCUUUUUGAUUUUAACUGUGGUUAAUUUUUUUUUAAAUCUAUAUUUCGGCGAAAUUGUAACUGCGUUGUCCUUUUUUCAAUUAAUGCUUCAAUUUUUUUAAAAUUAAUUAACAAAAUUUUAAUACUGUUAUGACAGGUCAAGGUCAUUGAAUAUUUCAAAAAGUGGGGCCCUGUCAGAAUGCUCUUAAUUUUUUUUUUAAAUAUUAAAUUAUUUUUGAUGUAAAGGAAAAUUAUAAUUAUUAAAAAAAAUCGUUUAAUUUAUUAUUAACUGGAGUAAAUUGCGUAUUUAUUACUAAUAACAAAAAAAAAGUUAAUAAAAAUAAUUAGCGGUGUUAAUAAUGUAAUUUAAAAACUAUUUUUAUGUAGGCGAUGCUAAAUAAAUCAUAAAGACUGUGUUUGUUUUCCAAUGUAUCGCUUUUUAUUGUUAUUAAUAUUUUUAAAAAUUAAUUUUCAUUGUUUAUUUAAUACUAAUAAUAAUAAUUAUAUUUUUUUCUUUAUUUAUCGCACAAUAGUAUCGCUUUUACUAAUUACCUAUUUUACUACGUAUUAUUAUUAAUUGCCGUAGAUACAUUACCUUCCAAUUAAAAUUAUAUAAAAUAUAAAUGGAAACAGUCGAAAAUUAUUAACACUUUAUAAUUUUAAAAAUAAUAUUACAUUGUAGUUUGUAAAUUGAAAGAGCGAUAAAUUAUUAUUAAUUAGUCGUUAAUGAUAAAUAUAAUGUAUAAAAGAUUUAAAUGAUAAUAUAAAUUUAUCGAUUGACAAUUUAAAAAUUGUCGAUUAUUAAAUGCGGUUUGUUCGAGAUUUAUCAAUAAUUAAAAAAAUUAAAAUUGUGAUCUAGUUGAUUGAAUUUUAAUUUUAAAAAUAUUUUUUAUUG